AUGUCCAAUGCAGCUCGCACGCCGGAGAAAGAGGCGCCCGCCGGUGUCUCCUUCCUGCCGCCUCUUGGAGCUGCCGCCAUGGCCAUGUUGCCCGCGGGCCGGCUCGGUACCGCUCUCCGCCUGCUGCUGCGGCAGCAUCAGCCACGAACCUGCACUGUCAGGAUGCUGAAGGUUACCUGCUCACAACGAAGUGAAGCCCUGGCAAGCCCACCUCUGGAUGAUGCCCCCAAAGAGUACUCGCCCAAGAUUCAGCAGCUAGUUCGGGACAUUGCUAGCCUGACCCUGUUGGAGAUCUCUGAUCUCAAUGAGCUGUUGAAGAAAACCCUCAAGAUCCAAGAUAUGGGGCUAAUGCCAAUGGCUGGGAUGAUGCCAUCAGCACAACUAGCAGCUCCGGCAGUAGAAGAGGAAGAUGCUCCGAAGAAGGCGGUAAAGGUCCAUUUCACAGUAAAGUUGACUGAACUGAAGGCUGCAGAUAAAGUGAAACUUAUCAAGGAGGUGAAGAACUGUAUGCAAGGUCUAAACCUUGUCCAGGCAAAGAAGUUGGUGGAGUCUCUUCCCCAAGAGAUCAAGGCGAAUGUAACUAAAGAUGAAGCAGAGAAGAUGAAAUUAGCUUUGGAGGCAGCAGGAGGGACUGUGGUUCUGGAGUAAUGGGGUCGGUCUUGCUGCCAAAGGACUAAAGCAGAGCAGGAGAUAGUCCUCUGACUUCUGUCGCCCACCCUGGGCUCUUACUGCCUGCUGACUGGUGUGUGGGGGGUGUUCUGUGGCUCCAGAAAGCUGCCCUGCCUUGGGUUCUCUGCAAUGGGUUUUUUCCGCUGGGAUGGCCCAGUGCGUGUCGAAUGCCUUCAGCACCAUGAGAUCUACUGUUUGUACCAGCGCUGAAAAGAAUGGAAUCUAUAAAGAAUACAUACAUGAGGGAGAACGUCUGUGGAACA